GAUAUAAGUGUUCGUUGUCGAGCGGUACAACUUCAGCCGGGAUCCACUCCAGCACACAUCGCCGCCCAGUCUUCCUUCGGUUCUGGGCUAAGGCUCGUAUCCAGGCGGCACCAUGCAACUGUUGUACCUGACUUUGCUGCUCGCUGCCCAUUGUUCCCUUGCUGCAACAGUCGAGUGGGGUUUUUGUAAAGACUAUCCCGUUCAAGAAAACUUCACGAUGGCUCAGUAUUUGGGAACAUGGUAUGAAAUUGAACAAACCGACUCUGAGAAGGGAAACAGAUGCCUCAUGGAACAAUACAUUGUGGAUAAAGAUAAUAAGGUGGAACUUCUGACACAGAUUGUUCAAGAUGAUGGUUCUGUGGAAAUUCAUGAAGGAGAAAUACUUUACGAAUCAAAAAUCAAGAAUCCUGCUAAAUUUCACUUCAGAAUUUCAUCAGAAUAUGAACGGUUUGGACUCAUGGGACCGGAACCAAGUAGCAGGUUCGUGAUGAGAUAUUGGGUAUUAGCCACUGACUACACAACGUACUCGCUUGUGUACUCAUGCAUUACUGCUUUGGGAAUUACACACAAACAUUAUGCCUGGAUUAUGGGACGAGAACGAUAUUUAUCAAAGAAUGUUACUGACAACCUGCAUGAACUACUGACCACAAAUAAUAUCAAAGUUACACUUUUUCCAACUGAUCAGAACAAUUGUGAGAUAAAAUACUGAGAACUGUAAAAAAAUGUAAACACUGUAAUCAUUAUCAAAAAUCAACGU